CCUGAUUUACGGGAGGUGUUGGAGAGGUUGGAGCGAGUCGAGAGUCGUCAGGAUACCAUCCUAUAGAACCAGGCGGUCAUCAUGGAUGAUGUCAAUAAGAUCUUGACAUUCGUACAAGAUCUUCCAAAUGAUUCUGAUUCUGAUUCCGACUCACUUGACCUCCCAGAUGAUUUUGUCUCACAUGACAUAGGCACUCCUCCCCCGAUAGUACUCACAGCAAAUCCUGAGACCCCAGGUGUUGCUAUUAUAGAACAUGGGGAUGUUGCUGGUGUAGAGUUUCAAUUGGCCAAGAGGAAAAGACGCAAACCUAAGAAAUUUGAAGACUACACCGACCCAACCAGAAAGAAAGCUCGUUUGGAUGCGAUUGAUGACGUGCCAUUAGUCCUCGACCCUCUAAAGAAGCCACUUGCUACACAGUACAGAACGGUCGGCAAGUGGUUGCUUGGAGAUAUUCCGAACAAGACGAAGAGGGAUGUCCAAUCUGGUGUGUAUGGUCCGAGUUGGUUUCUGACGAUGAAGACACCACAGUUUUGGAUCGAUGAUGGGCAUAUUGAUGCGGCCAUGCAUAUGCUACGUAGGCGUCGACAGUUCUAUCCCGGGGCAUAUCGGCAAGAUGGUGUUGUGAUGAAUAUUAUGUUCUCACAAGUGGUACCGGCCCGUUAUGAUGCAUAUCAGAAUGCCAAGGAAGCGGAUAAGAAAAGGUUUUUGUGGGAUUCAGAUGUGAUAUCAAUGAUUACGGGAAUUGACAAUCAAUUUCUGGCAUCGUGGAAGGGAGUAGACACUGUAUAUUGGUGCCAGAACUACCUUCAAGCGCAUUGGUUUGCAGUUGAAGCCUCCAUCUCUACUUGGACUCUGAAUGUUUAUGAUUCGGACGUGACCGUGAUAAGUGAUAAACAACUGCAAUCUUUUAUGAAGUCAUUGUCUACUUUGUUCCCAUCGUUGUUAUUGCAGUCACAACUUUUCAAGGACGACCCUCGGUUGACGAUUCCACCUGGAGCUAAAAGAUGCAAGGAGUUCAAUGUGCACCGCAUGCCAGUUGAUUCAGUACCCCAAACCAAAGUCAGUGGAGAUUGUGGUGUGUACGCCAUCAAACACAUCGAACACUUAUUGGGUAGGCUACCACUUGACACGAUUUGCGAUGACAACAUGGAGUUGUUCAGAAACAAAUGGACAGUUGACUUAUGGUAUCAGAAUGUUAGACAUUGAACAUUCUCAUGUUAUAUUUAUUUGCUUAAAAUGUAGAUUUUUAAGAAAUUUUUUUGAGUCGAGUAUCUUUUUAUUAA